AUCAUCAACAAUGCUGGUUUGAUCCAAAAACAGGAAAAGGAUGGUGGAAGUGUGCAAAACUAAUGUUGCAGGAUCCCUGCUUAUCACAGAGGAAGAAGAAGGCUUUGUAGCCUGGGAGGGACUAAGAAGCGUAAGCGGUGACACGUGAUGGAGUGCAGGUCGCAGAUAAGCCUCUGACUGAUAAUGGCAUCUAGAAUAUGUGACAGUGUUCUGGUGACUGGAUCAAACCGUGGAAUUGGACUUGAGUUGGUUCGCCAGUUGGUUAAUUCACCCUCGUCUCCAUUUCAGAUCUUUGCUGGUUGUAGAGACCCAAAUGGACCAAGAGCACAGGAACUCCAGGAACUAGCUCAGAAGCACCAGGAUGUGAUCACGGUUGUCCAACUGAACACUGAUAGUGUAACUAGUAUCACAGAGGCCUCAAAACUGGUGGAAGCCAGGCUAAAUGGCAGAGGCCUGAAUGUGAUCAUCAACAAUGCCGGUGUGAACAUCCCAGGAUCUCUAGCAGAGACAGGAAAACAGGAGAUGGUGGACGUGUACACGACUAAUGUUGUAGGACCCAUGCUCAUCGCAAAAAAUUUCCACCCACUCCUGUGCAAGGCUGCAGCUCAGUUUCCCCAUCAGACAAGCAUGUCUUGCAAUAGGUCGGCUAUCAUCAAUGUGUCCACACUGCUGUCAUCCAUCACCAGAUGCCCUGAGAAUUUCUCCAUGUCUCCAAUGUACCCCUAUCGGGUCAGCAAGGCUGCACUGAACAUGUUAACUCGCUGCUUGGCGGAGGAUUUUAAAAAAGAUGGCAUUCUAGUUAUGGCACUCCAUCCAGGAUGGGUCCAGACAGAAAUGGGAGGCCCACAGGCUUACCUGACGACAGCUGAGAGCAUCAGCGGUAUGAUGAAAGUCAUCACAAGCGUUACCGAGAAAGACAGUGGAACUCUUUUAGAUUGGGAGGGCAAAAACAUCCCCUGGUGAUUGCACAACUCAUCUUGUGUGUGUCGUUUGCACAUCAUAAGUUUGACAUGUACUUCCACAUCUUUGUCUGUCUGCGGUUUGUCUGUGAAUUUUUUUCAUCUAGUGUAAGACAUGAGUUGUUAUCUCAGUGUAAUGCAUGUGAGGAAGAUCUCAUAAAAACAGGUUUCCUAUGUUUCGAAAUUUUUCCCCUAACUGAUAUUUGUAUUACAGACUUUCCAAAUUUAGUAUCAGCGAUUAUAAUAAGAUUAGCGGUGAGGCAAUAAGAGAAUGAAUAAGUAAAAAAAAAAAAAGGAAGAUGAGGAAAAGUUAAAAGACAGAACCAAAUGUGACAAAGCCAACCACAACAUGCCCUUCCUCAAAUCAAAUUUCCAGUAAGGACAAUAAAGUUAUGUUCAAUAACAAAGGAAUCAUGGGCUGUAAGAGCCACUCAAUGCCAUGGUCUGAUAAUUAGUGAAUAUUUGGUAAACAUUAACAUUAUAGUCAAUCAUUCAAAAAUCCAUAGGUCCAGUGCGCCCUCUAGUGUUAAAUGAGUGUAGAGCAAUAGUUUUCAACCUUUUGACCCCAAGUCCCCCCUUUGUCCAAGACAAUAUGUGAAGGUCCUUCUAUUUAAGAUGAUAUGUACUUUGUUACGUUUGUUGUAAUAAAAAUAAACUCUCUUUCUAUACUGUAUAUAA